UCACGACGGUGGCGCUCGCUUUGCGGCGUUGCUGUAGUCCCGUGUCACGACGGUCGCGCUCGCUUUGCGGCGGCAUGGCGGCGCGGUUCAGCGGGGUGCUGCAGCUGACGGAGCUGGACGAUUUCAUCGCCCCCUCGCAGGAGUGCAUCAAGCCUGUCAGGGUGGACAGCAAGGCUGGGCAAGCAGCAGCCAAGAUCAGAAUCGGAGCUGAUGGGAGCUAUUUCCAGGUCAGCCAGGAUGGGGAAGCACAAAAGCUGGAGAAGGCCAAAAUCAGCCUGAAUGAUUGCCUGGCCUGCAGUGGCUGCAUCACCUCAGCUGAGAGUGUCCUGGUGAGCCAGCAGAGCCACGGGGAGCUCUGCAAGGUGCUGGCUCUCAACAAGGCUGCUGCUGCCCACGAGCAGAAGGUGGUGGUGGUUUCUGUCUCCCCCCAGUCCAGAGCCUCCCUGGCUGCAAGGUGCAAACUGGGGCUGCUGGAGACAGCCCAGAAGCUGACCUCCUUCCUCAAGGGUUUAGGUGUGCACCACGUGUUUGACACAACCUUCUCCAGGAAUUUCAGCCUCCUGGAGAGCCAGCAGGAGUUUGUGAGGCGCUUCCACAGACAAGCAGAGGACAAGAAGGCCCUGCCCAUGCUGGCCUCUGCCUGCCCAGGCUGGAUCUGCUACGCAGAGAAAACCCACGGCAGCUUCAUCAUUCCCCACAUCAGCACCACCAAGUCCCCCCAGCAGAUCAUGGGCUCCCUGGUCAAGGGCUACUUUGCAGAGCAGCAGCACCUGCCCCCUGACAGGAUCUACCACGUCACUGUCAUGCCCUGCUAUGACAAAAAGCUGGAGGCCUCCAGGCCAGACUUCUUCAACCAGGAGUACCAGACCAGGGAUGUGGAUUGUGUCAUCACCACAGGAGAAGUGCUGAAGCUGCUGGAGCAAGAAGGAGUGUCCCUGGCAGAUGUAGAUCCUUCUCCUCUGGACACCAUGCUCGGCGGGGCUGCAGGGCAGCUGAGCUCCCACCGCGGCGGCGGCUCGGGUGGGUUCCUGGAGCACAUCUUCAGCCACGCAGCUCGGGAGCUCUUCGGCAUCCACGGGGCCUCCAUCCACUACAAACCUCUCAAGAACAAGGACUUCCAGGAGGUGACCCUGGAGAGGGAUGGACAGGUCCUGCUGCACUUUGCCCUGGCCUAUGGGUUCAGGAACAUCCAGAACCUGGUGCAGAAGCUGAAGAGAGGGAAGUGCCCCUAUCACUUCGUGGAGGUCAUGGCCUGUCCCUCAGGCUGUUUGAAUGGAGGAGGGCAGAUCAAACUGGAGGGAGAAUCCAGCAAGGAGGAGCUGCAGCAGGUGGAGAGGUUGUAUGAGUCCCUGAGGGCUGAGAUUCCAGAGGAGAACCAGGCUGUGAGGGAGCUCUACGAGCACUGGCUGGGGGGCUGGGGCUCAGAGAGGGCUCUGCAGGUGCUGCACACUCAGUACCACGCCGUGGAGAGAGCCAGCUCUGCCCUCAGCAUCAAGUGGUGAGGGCUGCCCAGCCCAGGAGACCCUCAGUGCCUUCUCAACUCACUCUGCACAUCCUGCAGGGACUCUGUGCAGCUCCUGCCUCUGGGCAGUGCCUGGCACUGCUCACUCCUGCAGCUGGAGGAUGAGCUGAUGGCAAUAACCCCAAAGUGUGACAGGGACACAGCAGGAAGGCAGAAUGGGACAGCCCCAGUAAUAACCCCACAGUGUGACAGGGACACAGCAGAAGGCAGAAUGGGACAGCCCCUGGCAAUAACCCCAAAAUGUGACAGGGACACAGCAGAAGGCAGAAGGGGACAGCCCCUGCCCUGCUCCCCCAGCCCCAGCCCUGCCAGAACUGAGGAGCUCAAGGAGUCAGAGUCAGCUCCAGGCUGAGCUUUGUGCCACAAAAUUCCCAAUAUUCCCCUCCCAGGCCUGGCUGGAUUGUCACAGCACUCAGCUGUGUGCCUGCCUGUGCUGGAACAGCCUCAUUCCAUGAGAAAUGGUCUCAUUCCAGGCUGGAGUUCUCCCUCUCACUGCCCUGCAGGCUCUGUGCCCUCAGAGGGGGGAUCCAAAGCCUGGGAUCACCCCUGGGGCUGCAGAGGGACUGCAGUGAAUGCUGGACAAAACCCCUGGGAUUCCUUUUCCUUAAAUUAUAAUAAUUUAUACCAAGGGCAGUUCCUUCUCUGUGUUUUCUUCUUAAACACUCAGCAGGGAGUCAGAGAAUUGUCACACUUACCCACCCUCAGCAGCCACUUUCUGAGGGAUAAUAUCCCUAAAUCCAGCCAAAACAGGCACUUACUGCUGGAUAACAUCCUGAAAUUCCCACAGAGUAAUUCCUGACCUUGGGGCUGGCAGGAACCAAAGCCUCCUCUGCACUUUGUUCCAAUGAAUCCACAGAGCAAAUGCUGAAUUUUCAUGGUUUUAAUUAAAAGCUUUCCAUUUUUCAGCUGCUGCUGAUCAUGCAUGACCUCACAGUGUUCUAAGGCAUCAGCCUCCCCCUGCUGCCCCCUCCCCUCCCUCCUGAGGAGCAAACUGGUGCUUCCAGUGAAUUCCCUGUGCCUUGCAGGGCUCUGGCUGAAGCAGGAGAGGGCCAGGGAGGGGCUCCAGGCUGGCACAGGCACACCAGCCCAGGGAUGCAGUCAGUGAGGCUGAACCAGCUGGAGGUGAAAGCACCAGGGCUGCAGAGCUCACUUCCCCAGUUCCCAGGCCACCAGCACACUCAGAGGUCACUGCAGCCACCCUGGCUCCCUGCUCUGCCACCACACCAGCUGGAGUUUGUCCCAGCUUCGAGGUGUGGAGCAGGCUCACACCCCCAGGGCCAUCCCUGCUCCCAGGAUAAAGAAAUUCCAGAGGGGGCAUCCACAACUCCAGCGUUUCAUGGGAACUGAGGAAUGCAGGCCGUGGUACCAAGGGAGCUUUUGCAGCUGGAUAAAUCCUUCCAUGCAAAAUAAAUCCAAACUAUAACUUAAUAAAAGCAAAAAAAAAACAACCAAAA